AAACGCGAGUAACCGAAUUAUUACCAACCGCAAAAAGAAUCCUUUACCAAAGAAAUUCUAUCACAAAAAUGUCUCUAAAAUUCCUUACCAAAGACUACCCCAUAACAAACUCAUAUUUCAUUAUUUCAAAAUUUUGCCUCGGCUGGAUGGGACAAUACCCUCAAGCUCAUUCCUCAACUUUACGCAAUUUAAAUUGUCUCUUUCAUGUACUCGUCCUAUUUCUCGGUGUUAUAUCACAAUUUUGGUAUGGUUUCCAUUACUUAAAAGUCGAUUUGGUAAGAGGUAUUGAUGCAAUUUGUCCGGCUAUUUCGUGUUUGGUAUCAUUUGUUAAAAUGGCCUUGAUUAUUUGCAAUGGCAAGGAGCUCUCUAGAGUCCUUAUUCACCUCAAACUUGUUCUUUUUUCUGAAUUGGAUGAAGAAAAAACUAAAAUAGUUCAAAAGUUUUCACUGACUGCAACAAAACUGGCAUUCAUGGUUCUUAUUUCUGGAAUCCUGGCCAACGUAGUCUACAGCCUGAGACCACUCGUAACAAAUGUGUUUCGCAUUUCAAUGGGAAUGGAAUAUCUCUUCGAUGAAACUCCUUUGAAAGUCAUGGUCCCAUCUGUGCUAUUGACUCUCCCCUGGUAUCCUUUAACAUACGCACUUAUUUCAUACAUGGCCCAAGUGUGUAUCAUUGCGUUCUCGGGUGUUGAUGGAGUGUUCAUCUCAUUCUGCCUUUAUUCAGCUGCUCUGUUGAAGAUACUCCAAAGGGAUAUGAGGUUAACGUUUGAAAAAUAUCAUACAUCAACUUUGACAUUACUUGAUGAUGAGGAUAACCGAAAGUGCUUUGAUGAAGUUGGCAGGAUUGUAAGGCGUCACAAUGAAAUUAUUGACUUGGUAAGAAGGUUUUCUCAACUUUUUAUGUGGAUUACAUUGGCGCAUUUUGUGACAUCGUCAAUUGUUAUUGGAGCGAGUAUAAUUGAAGCUUUGUUGUAUCCUGGAUUUAGGGCUCUUGUUUGUAUUUCAUAUACACUAGCAGUUUCUUGUGAGCUGUUUAUUUUUUGCUAUGGAGGAAGUGCUGUUAUAGAAAAUAGUUUUGACUUAGGAAUGUCAGCAUAUUUUACAAAUUGGUAUCACUGUGACAAACGUGUUCAAAAGGCAAUUUUAAUUAUAAUUGCUCGGUCACAAAAGCCACUGACAAUGGAUGUGCCAUUUUUUACACCAUCAUUGGUAACUUUUACAUCGAUCUUACAAACUGCAGGAUCGAUCAUUGCUGUGGUAAAAUCAGUGUUAUAAGUUAAAUAAAUAUAGCAAACUUUAAAUUAAAUAAAAAUUAAUAAAAUAUUUUUGAAUUUUG